AUGACCACCGCCGUGUCCCGUACCCAGGAGGCUGGUGCAUUCGCAGAAUCCUGUCACUACGGACAAGAAGAUAUAUUUCAGUCCUCGCAUCCGUCACUUUUUGGAACGGACUCCGCCCCCGAAAGCAUUGGUCUGGCCGUUAUCCGCGAUGACCACCGAGUCCAGCUUGUCCAGCCAGAUCUGGAUCCCAUGCUGUAUGUCUCCCAAUCCGGCAGUAUUCCCGUGGGAACCACUCACUGCGAGGAACGGAAUUUCGUUGGCAUUGGCGUUUUCGCCUUCCAAGUGAUCAGUUCAGUUAUUGGGUUGUCCCGUCUUCGAUGA